CCUCUGAUUGGUCAGUUCAUAACUUGAAUUACAGAGAAAAAAAGAUCAGAUUAUCAAGAAGAUAUUAAAGUUUCACAUCCAGAAUGUUAUUGUGACCAAUAGAACGACUGAUAAGAGCUGGUUCCUCUUCUAGAAGUCUGUGGGAUUUUAGGGGUACUUCCUGUUUGGAACACCAGGGGGGCGGGGUCAUUCAGGUCUCAGACACAAUCAUUGGUUCAGAUCCAGUUUGGUAUUGUUCUGCCUUCAUCAGCCUAGGAGGAACCAGAUAGAGACAGAAGGGUUGGACCCCCCAGACUGAAGCUCAAUGGUUCUGUCUGCUGACCCGGGUCUGUUCUCCUCUGGAAGUGUGGAGGUUCUGCUCAUUGGACCUGACGAGUGUUUCACUCAGAUCGUCACCCCACCCCCACCCCACAGGCCGGAAGCUGCUUGUUGUUUCCCGGUGAGGUUAGUCCAGGGAUUAGAGUCCAGCCGGGGGGCGUGACUCCGCCUUUCAUUCCCGGCCCAGCCGGCCUUAUCUCCAUGGCUUUGACAGCCUGUUUGUUUGACGCUGGAGCAGGUUCUGCUGGGCCUGCAGAAACCGCCACAAAGGGGCUGGAUCAUCAGCACUUUGAUUGUGGCGUCCGUCCUCCUCCACGCCGAGCUCAGUGCCAGCGUGUGGCGUGCUCCUGCGGUCCGGCAGUCUGUGGUCUUUGCUGUCUUCAUGUUGAAGCGUCUCUUCGUGUCCUCUCCAGCCUGGAUCGACCAGCAACAGAACCUGGACUCUGCGGUGGUCUGGAGGAGGAAGUGAGACUGGCAUCAUGGCGUCCUUCAAACUGGACUUCCUCCCUGAGAUGAUGGUGGACCACUGCUCUCUGAGCUCCGCUCCAGUGGGGAAGAAGAUGAACGGCUCUUUGGAGCACCCGGACCAGCCAGAGGUCGAUGCCAUCAAGAUGUUUGUGGGUCAGAUUCCGCGGUCCUGGUCCGAGGAGCAGCUGCGGGAGCUGUUCGAGCCGCACGGCGCCGUCUACGAGAUCAACAUCCUGAGGGACCGCAGCCAGAACCCCCCACAGAGCAAAGGAUGCUGUUUUGUGACCUACUACACCCGUAAAUCUGCUUUAGAAGCUCAGAAUGCUCUCCACAACAUGAAGAUCCUCCCUGGGAUGCAUCACCCCAUCCAGAUGAAGCCGGCAGACAGCGAGAAGAACAACGCAGUGGAGGACAGAAAACUCUUCAUCGGAAUGAUCUCCAAGAAAUGUAACGAGAACGACAUCCGGAUGAUGUUCUCGCCGUACGGACAGAUCGAGGAGUGCCGGAUACUUCGAGGACCCGAGGGACUCAGUCGAGGAUGUGCGUUCGUGACCUUCACGGCUCGACAGAUGGCCCAGGCGGCCAUCAAGUCUAUGCACCAGUCCCAGACCAUGGAGGGAUGCUCCUCCCCCAUCGUGGUGAAGUUCGCAGACACCCAGAAGGACAAGGAGCAGAAGCGUCUGGCUCAGCAGCUGCAGCUGCAGAUGCAGCAGCUCAGCGCCGCCUCCAUGUGGGGGAACCUGACCGGCUUUGGCAGCCUGGGGCCGCAGUACCUCGCCCUCUACCUGCAGCUGCUGCAGCAGUCCACCUCCCCCGGGAACGCGCUUGGCGGCCUGCACCCGGUUUCAGGUCUGAAUACCAUGCAGAACCUGGCAGCUUUAGCAGCAGCCGCUACGCAGGUCACGCCCUCGGGGUCCAGCACCAUGACCACCUCCAGCAGCCCGCUGAGCGCGCUCGCCACCUCAGCAGGUUCCUCGCCGACCUCCUCCAGCAGCUCCUCAGUGAACCCCAUGGCCUCUCUGGGGGCCCUGCAGUCUCUGGCUGCCAGUGCUGGUGCCGGCAUCAACAUGGGCUCCUUGGCAGGGAUGGCAGCCCUGAACAGCAGCCUGGCUUCAGGAGGUCUCUCUAACGGCUCAGGUAACACCAUGGACGCCCUGAGCCAGGCCUACUCUGGAAUCCAGCAGUACGCCGCUGCUGCGGCCCUGCCCAGCCUCUACAACCAGAGUCUGCUGUCCCAGCAAAGCGUCUCCGCUGCAGGCAGCCAGAAGGAAGGUCCAGAAGGAGCCAAUCUGUUCAUCUACCACCUCCCCCAGGAGUUUGGAGAUCAGGACCUGCUGCAGAUGUUCCUGCCGUUUGGAAACGUCAUCUCUGCAAAGGUCUUCAUUGACAAACAGACAAACCUCAGCAAGUGUUUCGGCUUUGUGAGCUACGAUAACCCGGUGUCGUCACAAGCAGCCAUCCAGUCCAUGAACGGGUUUCAGAUCGGGAUGAAAAGACUGAAGGUCCAACUGAAGCGCUCCAAGAACGACAGCAAGCCCUACUGAGGGUGUGAAGGCCCUGAGCGUCUGAUGGGAAGGGCGGUGUCCGGAUGUCGGGUUCUCGCUCUGCCUCAGGCUGUCCACGUUCUCCUGGAGGUGUUGUCGGAUCAUUCGGUUCUGACGGUGACAAACGGCAGAGGAACGGUUCUGUCGGGUCCGGCUGGAGCUUGUGGUGUUGUUCUGGAGAACACUGAUGUUGGGUUUUCAUGUGUGUGAGUUGUGGUGUGUGAACAUCUACGGAUGCUUUUCUAAGGUGUGAUCUGGUUUGUGUUGUGCUGAGUUGUUGGUGGUUCGAGGAGCUGCAGCCGAGCGUCACGGCGCCGGACUGGACCGGACCGGACCGCGGCUUUUGCUGUUCCAGUUCCGGCCUCAGGCUGUGGUGAAGCUGUGAAGGGAACGUGUCGGUCUGAACUCCACCCUCACUGAACGGUCAAUCAUCCCGACCCCCCCUCCCUCCAUCAGAUCCUGAUCCAUCAGAUCCUGAUCCGUCAGAUCCUGAUCCGUCAUGAUAAAGAGUCUUCCUCUCAGCGAGGAAGAGGAGCUGGACACGGUCAUCUGAGUGAGGAAGAUUCAAGAUUUCCAUCAUCAUGAGGCAACAAGCUUUAAUGAAGAAGUGGAGAUGAAGAGGAGGAACACAAAAACACACAACGGUUGAUUACACAAUGAGUGUAAUCCAGUGGAUUUGUGUCGACAUGCAGAACUUUCCUCUAGUGGGUCUGUAUUUGGAUCCAGAGCUGAAAGGAUAAGCUGCUUUUCUCCAGCUC